AACCCACCCUGUGCGUGAAAACAUUAUUUUAAAUUGUCGUUGUUGUUUAUACUGUUUGACUAACGUUAAUUGUAAUUGAGUACCCUUCUGUUCUUAAUUGAUCAAGAAAAUGAACUCAAGGAAGAUUCUAAUUUUCUAUGCUUCUCUAUUCCAGUCUAUAUAUUUUGCCUUGGGUGGCUGGAAUCCAAUCAAGUUAUACUGUUACCGUUGCGUGUCGACGCAUCCCGGUUGUGGAACACCUUUCAACUGGCUCUGGUACUGGGGUGAAAUUUGCCCGGAAGCAAAUGACAAAUGUGUCAAAUUAAUUGAAAGGAAAGGAGCGGAGACUGUGAUAACCCGGGAAUGCCUGAGCUCCCUACGGAGCGUGCGGACAGACAUACCCGCGGACCACUACGAAGGCUGCAGACCAGCCGCGACGGACGUCCGCCUGGCCCACUACGUCAACAACUCCAUCAAGGAGCUGGACGUGAAGAGGGACUACUAUGAUGAGACCACUUGGUGUUUCUGCUAUUUCGACAACAGAUGCAACUCUGGAUCUUCCAACGUGGCAGGUUUUGGUCUUAUCUUGGCAGCAUUCAUUUGGUAUCUACAUGUGUAUUGCGGGAUUUAAACAGCUGUUCAGCUGGUGUUUUCCAUCUGACUCUGCUGCUGUGAACAGAUUUCAACCUUGUUGGCCUGGCAUAAAAUGUGCAGUGUAGCAGUUGGAGUUCUACUGUCAUUCCAGUCCUGAGAUUAUUUACAGACAUUCAUGUGUGGGACAAAGUGCCUAGCUGCAUUUUUAAUUUUUUGGAGUGUACGGGUCCACAUAAUUAUACUGCUACAAAUAUUUUAUGUUAGUGCCAUAAUUUUUAAUAUUUACAAGUCAAAUAUUAAGUAGAAAGCUGUAUUUUUGUAUGUUUACUGAGAAGUUAUUAAUUGGAAACAAUUUAUUUGUAGUAUUUUAUAAAUUGGAAAAAAAAUUAUUUUAAGUGUUUAAAAAAUAAUUUUUAAAAAUUUUAAGGUUUUUGUAAGUUAAUUACAUAGACUAGUUAGUAUCUAUCAAUCAUUUAAUCUUGGACAAAGUUCAAAUAAAAGUUAAGAAUCCAGAAAUAGUUUAUGAAUUUUAGCUAUACAAUGGAACCUCACUACUACGAGAGUUGAUAAUGGUGAGAGAAAUCCUCGUAACUACAAGUACUCAUAAUAACCGAAUAUAGAAAAUUGAAGUCUAAGUUAGAUUCUUGAAUCUUCCAAAAAAAAAUUCUAAUUUCACACCAUAUCUUGGAAACGGUGCACUGUAGUGAAAAAAUGCAUAGAAUUAAAGUUGUAGCAAAUUAAAUUAUGAACAGAGAAGAUCUUUAGGAUUAUUUUUUGUAUCUGCAACAUUUUUGUUUUAAUCAGGAAUGAAAAUGCAGCGAAGAUAACCGCUGUCACCUUCGUCUUGUAUGGUCAAGGAGGGGAGGUAAGUGGAGCGGAAAAAGGAAAAUAAAA